AUGACAGGGUGUACCCCAAAUUUCUCUUUACCGAUAACCUCAUCAAAGCCUGCAUUGCCAGCUCUGCCGAGACUCCUUACCGAAUGCCCGUUUUGUACAGUGACAUACGCCAGGAGGACUGCCGAAGCCAAGAGGAUGAACGAAUCCAUCAAGAUGCGUCUUAUGAUGGGCCUACAGGGGAAGAAGAAAAAUCGACAGCUGGAAGCAGCCCCGGUGCCGUCAGCAGGGGCUGAUCCGAAGGAUCAAACUCUUUCUGAUCGUCUCCAGCAGCUCAACGCCGAGUCAGUGCCCAGGGGUGUUGCCGAGGCCGGCUCAACGCUAGGGUGUAGGUAG